UAAUGAGACAUAAAAGUCAGAAAUGGUUAUAAGAAAAAUAAAUAUAAAACGUUUACUAAUAUCUAAUUUAAUGAAUUAUCAGAUUCAAGCAGUUUCUCACCAUAUGCUGUUAGCAAGCUUACUGACCAAAUUCUGCAGGUUAGAACCCCUCCACCAGAUUCCAACAAAGGCUUCCUUUGUUGUUUCAGGUGCAUUGAAUGUAAUGGGAAGGGAGAGAGAAAGGGGGGUGCCUUGGGGUAUUUGUCCAUCCCUUUUAUAGUUUCAGUCCCUCUCUUGGGAGUCAUUUCCAGCUGGGCACCAGGAGCAGUGUUCCCACCAAGAAACAAUCAAGUGCCGCACACUGAUUAGCAGAGCCGCGCGCAUCCGGCACGUGUUCAGGUGCGCCUUCCCCUGCUGCUCCGCAGCUGCACUGCUCCUGCUCUCUGCCUUGGAGCCAUCUGAUCCACCAGUUGAUUCCAGGACCCUGCUGCUGGCUGAGCAGAGCAGGGGAGCGGGGGAGAGAGGUGCUGACGUCAGGGUUUUCCCUUCUCCUCACUUCCCUCUGCCUGUGUACCCCAUUUCUGCAGAGCUCGGGAGGAGGGACAGGGCUCAGGAGCAGGACGGAGCUGCUAUGGUCUGAACGAGGCUUCGGAUGAGAAUGGGAUGGGGGCUGACAAUGAGGAGGCCGGGCUAGCUCAGAACGCUCCUAAGACCGUGGAUUCUCUCAUGGCAUUAACAGAAAGAUUCAGAGAGAGUGAUUCCCAGGGUCCUGGCAAAGAGGAUUCCUCUGGGAGUCCGAGCGGGACACAGUGGCAGCAGGGGGACACUGUAGGGAAGAGACAGAGUAAAUCUGACUGGGGCCAGCCAAAGAGCCAACCAAGAGAGAAGCCCCAUCAGUGUCCUCAAUGUGGAAAAAGAUUUGGACACAGUUCACACCUUAUUACCCACUGGAGAGUCCAUACAGGAGAGACGCCCCAUCAAUGUGCCGAAUGUGGGAAGAGGUUCAAGCACAGGUCCUCCCUCAAUACACACCAGAGAGUGCACACAGGAGAGAGGCCCCACCAGUGUCUUGAGUGCGGGAAGAGCUUCCGGCACAGCUCCCACCUGAUCACACACCGGAGAGUCCACACAGGAGAGAAGCCCCAUCAAUGUGCUGAGUGUGGGAGGAGAUUCCGGCACAGCUCUUCCCUUAAUACGCACCGGAGAGUGCACAUGGGAGAGAAACCCCAUCAGUGUGCUGAGUGUGGGAGGAGAUUCCGGCAGAGCUCGCACCUGAUCACCCACCAGCGGGUCCACACUGGAGAGAGACCCUACCAGUGCGCUGAAUGCGGGAAAACCUUUGCUGGCCACUCCGCGUUUGCCACCCACCAGUGGAUCCACACCGGAGAGAAGUCCCAUGCGUGCGCCGAGUGUGGGAAGCGGUUCCGGCACAGCUCCUCCCUCCAUGCCCAUCGCAGAGUGCACACUGGAGAGAAACCCCAUCAAUGCACUGAGUGCGGGAGGCGAUUCCGGCAGAACUCACACUUAAUCGCGCACCGGAGGGUCCACAUGGGGGAGAGCCCCUUCCGCUGCCCUGGGUGUGGGAAAGGUUUCAGCCACGGCACAGACCUUAUUCGACACUGCAGGAAGGUGCCAGUGACGUUUGCGGAUGUAGCGGUGCAUUUCACAGCGGCAGAGUGGGCCCUUCUGGGUGAGAGGCAGCGGGAGCUCUACCGAGACACGAUGAUGGAGAACUAUGGAAACGUGGCCUCUCUGGGGAUUCCCGUUCACAAGCCUGACAUCAUCUCCUGCCUGGAGAGGGGGGAGGAGCCCUUUGUCCCGGCUGCCCAGGGCCUUGAGGAACCAGGGAUCCUGAGAGGCAUCUACACAGGUGACAACUCAUACCCAGAUGGCCUCUUUAUCCCAGAUAAUGACAGGAUUGUGUCUCUGAUUCGAGAGUCCUCACCUGGGAAUCCUGACUGGAGAGCAAGCGAAGCAGUGGGCACGUUUUGGAGCUGCACAGAGACAAAUCCGCUCUGUGCACUGACUGGGGGGGGCGUCACAGCUGGUGUUGCAUCAGAGACACCCCGCCGGAUAGAAACCAGCAGGGCUCCGUCCCCUGGGCCCAGGGGGCCCUGUCCCACAAGACACAUUCUGCAUCACACGCCAUUCGGGGCAUGUGGGGUCAGCCGUGAGUUGUGGUCUCAGGGGAAGGGAGCACAUUCCUGGGGUGAUUAAUUGCUUGGGAAUCACAUAAUGGGGGGGGUAUUGGGGUAGAAACCAGAGGGGAAGGAUUCCUGGCUGUAUCACUGGCCUGCUGGGUGACCUUGGGCAAGUCACUGCCCUGCUCUCUGCCUCAGUUUCCCUAUCAGUAAAAUGGGGAUAAUGUUACUGACCUUUGUCAAACACUUUGGCGUCUAGUGAAAAAAAAACCCACUAGACAAGAGCUGAGUUUUAUUAUUUUAUUUAUUUUAUUUUAUUAUUAAGGAGUAUCUUGGGCUUAUUGAUCAUUGCUUAGGUGCCAGUGAUCAUGACUUGAUUACAUUUGUCAUGUGCAAACAGAAUAAUGUCCAAACCAGUAUAAUUAUAUCUACACUUGUACUUUAAAAGGGCAAGUUUCACAAAGCUGAAAAAAGUGACUAGUCAAAUGAGCUGGGAGAAAGCAUUUAAUCAGAAAAUUGUGAAUGCUGUUUUGGAGUUGUAUAAGAACAUUGUACUAGAUGCCCAAAAAAGCCCAGAUUCCCCAAGCAAGAAAUAAAGGCUAUUCAGGUGGAAAAAAACCAACAACCUGGCUUAGAGAUGUGAAAGCAGCUAUAAAAAAAUACAAUAUGUAACAUCUGGGGGAAAAUAUAAAUUAGAUGCUAGGAAUUGUAGAAAAUUGCUAAGGGAAGCAAAAGGACACAAGGAGAUUAUCUACGGCCAGCCGAGUUAAGGACAAAAACUCAUUUUAAGAAUACUUAGAACAAAAGGAAACCUAAUGAUAGUAUUUGUCCAUUACUGAGGCAGGAUACUUGGCUAGCAGGACCAUUGCUCUGACCUAGUAUGGCCGGCCUAAUCAUAGAAUAUCAGGGUUAGAAGGGACCUCAGGAGGUCAUCUAGUCCAACCCCCUUCUCAAAGCAGGAUCAAUCCCAACUAAAUCAUCCCAGCCAGGGCUUUGUCAAGCCUGACCUUAAAAACUUCUAUGGAAGGAGAUUCCACCACCUCCCAGUCUACACCCCCUAUCUGGCCUCCUGCAUAUUCCCACCCCCCCUUACUCCAGGGGUGACUUGGGGAAGAACAGGUGUUACCUAGCAGCUCUGUUCUUGGGGAACCAGGGCACAGUACCCAGCCUGUCUGACUCAUGAAAGACACCCCUCCUGCCUCAUAGAAUAU